AUGGAGACAGCAGCGGCCACGGCUCCGGGCCCCGGCUGGGCGACUGAGGGGGAGCGGCGGCGGCGGCGCUGCUCGCGCCGAGACCGAGACCGGGAGCAGCGGCGCCGUCGAGGUCCCGGCGGCGAUGCGCCCCGGGCCCUUUUGGCCGCCCCGCGCGGCUCCUCUUCCUCGUCGUCGCCGCCGCCUCCUGCCAGGCCCUGGUCGUCAGCUUCGUCUGGAGAGCGGCCCGGAGGCCCGAGACGGCGGCGGCCCCGUCCCAGGCCUCGGCCCCCGCGACCCAGAACUCGGAAGCGGCCUGCUGGCUCGGGCAGCCGCGGGGAGGAGGAGGAUGAGGAGGAGGGGGGCGCAGACGAUAGGGAGGCCGAGGAGGAGCCUGAGGAGGAAGAAGAGGAGGAAGACUUGAUCGAUGGCUUUGCCAUCGCCAGCUUCGCCAGCCUCGAGGCCUUGCAGAAGGAUGCAUCUCUAGAGCCCCCAGAGCGACUUGAACAUCGGCUGAAGCAUUCUGGGAAGCGGAAGAGGGGGGGCUCCAGUGGUGCCACUGGGGAGCCAGGGGACAGCUCUGAUCGGGAGCCUGGACGACCCUCUGGAGAUCGGGCUCGAAAAUGGCCCAAUAAGCGGAGAAGGAAAGAGGCCUCCUCCCAUCAUUCUCUGGAAGCUGGAUACAUAUGUGAUGCCGAAAGUGAUCUGGAUGAGAAGGUCUCCGAUGAUGACCUCGACCCAUCUUUUACUGUGUCAACCAGCAGAGCCUCUGGCCCCCACGGCGUCUUCAAUGGGAACUGUGAAGCAAAACUCUCUGUAGUCCCUAAAGUGUCGGGCCUGGAGCGGAGCCAGGAACAGCCCCCUGGGCCCGACCCGCUGCUAGUGCCUUUUCCCCCGAAAGAACCACCACCUCCACUGGCCCCUCGGCCUCCUGUCUCGCCCCCUGCACCCCUACCGACUGCCCCCAGUCUGCCACCCCCACCCCAGCCCCAGCUGCAGCUUCGGGUCUCGCCCUUUGGGCUCCGCACUUCUCCUUAUGGCAGCAGUCUGGACCUCAGCACUGGCAGCUCUUCACGGCCGCCCCUCAAGGUCCCGGCCCCUCCCGUGGCUCAGCCUACACCCUCAUCAUCCUCUUCAUCCUCUUCCUCUUCAUCUGCCUCCUCCUCGUCCGCGCAGCUUACCCACCGGCCCCCGACGCCCUCACUGCCCCUGCCUUUGUCCACCCAUGGCUUUCCCCACCCUGGGCUGCGGCCUCCCCCACCACCCCACCACCCCUCCUUGUUCUCCCCUGGCCCCACCCUGCCCCCACCCCCACCCUUGCUGCAGGUGCCAGGGCACCCUGGGGCCUCAGCCACUAACGCCCUUUCUGAGCAGGACCUGAUCGGCCAGGACCUGAACUCUCGCUACCUGAAUGCCCAGGGUGGCCCUGAGGUGGUGGGGGCAGGGGGCUCAGCCCGGCCCCUGGCCUUCCAGUUCCACCAGCACAACCACCAGCACCAGCACACCCACCAGCACACCCACCAGCACUUCACCCCUUAUCCCCCGGGCCUGCUGCCACCUCAUGGCCCCCACAUGUUUGAGAAAUACCCAGGAAAGAUGGAAGGCCUCUUCCGGCAUAAUCCGUACACGGCCUUCCCUCCCGCAGUGCCCGGCCUACCUCCGGGCCUCCCGCCGGCUGUCUCCUUUGGCUCCCUGCAGGGGGCCUUCCAGCCCAAGAGCACAAACCCAGAGCUGCCACCACGACUGGGGCCAGUGCCGAGCGGGCUUCCUCAAAAGGGGACACAGAUCCCUGACCAUUUCCGGCCAUCUUUGAGGAAACCAGGGAAGUGGUGUGCCAUGCAUGUGCGUGUGGCUUACAUGAUCCUGAGACACCAGGAAAAGAUGAAGGGCGACUCCCACAAGCUUGACUUUCGGAACGACCUCCUGCCCUGCCUUCCGGGGCCCUAUGGGGCCCUGCCCCCUGGGCAGGAGCUCUCCCACCCGGCCACCUCCCUCUUCACUGCAACUGGUGCCGUCCACGCUGCAACCAACCCUUUCACGGCAGCUCCCGGGGCCCAUGGGCCCUUUCUGAGUCCCAGCACCCACAUUGAUCCCUUUGGGCGUCCCACAAGCUUCGCCUCCUUGGCUGCCCUCUCCAACGGGGCCUUUGGAGGCCUGGGCAGCCCCACCUUCAACUCCAGCACCGUCUUUGCCCAGAAAGAAAGUCCAGGGGCCCCACCAGCCUUCGCCUCCCCGCCAGACCCAUGGGGACGUCUGCACCGCAGUCCUCUGGCCUUUCCUGCCUGGGUCCGGCCCCCUGAGGCCUCCCGGACACCAGGCUCAGACAAGGAGCGGCCUGUGGAGCGGAGGGAGCCCUCUAUCACCAAGGAGGAAAAAGACAGGGAUCUCCCCUUCUCAAGGCCCCAGCUUCGAGUUUCUCCUGCAACUCCCAAGGCCCGAGCUGGUGAGGAGGGUGCCAGGCCAGCCAAGGAAUCAGUGCGGGUAAAGGAAGAGCGGAAGGAGGAGGCUGCCGCCGCCGCCGCCGCUGCCGCCGCCGCUGCCGCCGCCGCCGCUGCAGCCACCGCUGCCAGCGGGCCUCAGGGCCUUCACCUGCUGUUUGAGAGGCCUCGGCCACCCCCCUUCCUGGGCCCUAGUCCUCCAGAGCGCUGCGCUGGCUUCCUGGAGCCAACUUGGUUGGCAGGGCCCCCUCGCCUUGCUAGGCCACCCCGCUUCUAUGAGGCGGGUGAGGAGCUGACUGGACCGGGGGCAGUGGCUGCUGCCCGCCUCUAUGGUCUAGAGCCUACCCACCCCCUGCUAUACAGCCGCUUGGCUCCUCCACCGCCACCUACUGUGGCCCCAGGCACCUCUCACCUUCUCAGCAAGACCCCACCAGGAGCCCUUUUGGGGGCACCACCUCCACUUGUGCCCGCUCCCCGGCCUGGUUCCCCACCUAGGGCCCCUGGCCCAGCCCGGGCUGACAGGUGAGGGAAGGGCAAAGGCAGGGGCAAAGCUCCAUCCCCUUUCCUUUUGACAAGGUUCUAGAGCUGAGGUUUCAAGCCAGGGCUGGAGGGCAAAGGUAAUGACCUCACUAGCCAACUCUGAGGUCAUAGAACCUGGGAGCAGAAGCCCCAACCCCUGCAAGAUCAAGCAUCAGAUGGAUCUUGGGGUCACUGGAGGGCAGAGGUCACAAGCCUCUAGAGAGGAUGUGUGUGUGUGUGUGUGUGUGUGUGUGUGUGUGUGUGUGUGCGCGCACGCGCAUGUGUGUGUUGUGUCUGUGUGUACAUGAGGGGGGGGUCAUUUCAGAGGUCAUAGCUCAUGAUCUCCUGAGGUGCACCAUUACCUUCUCUGAGGGCCCCUAGGCCCUUGGCCCACCUCCCCAAGGGCUCACUAAGCCAGAGGCCAAAGUGCCCCACCUCCCCUUCACCUACCACCCAAGUCCUCAUUGCCCUCAGGGCUGGGGGAGGAGGGGCUAAAGGAAGGGGGGUUCCAUGUACAUAUUUAUCUCCCCUUCCACAUAGCCCCCAGGACCUUUUGUAUUUUUACAGGGGUACCCCUCCCAAUAAUUCCUUUUCCUGGUUAAUUAAAUCCUCAGACUGGUGCUGUGUUCCUAGCCUCUGGCCUCUCUCUGGGGGUAAAGGGGAUUGCAGGGGAAAGAGCUGGAGGGGACAGUCAGGAACCCAGGGUUUAUCCAUGGGAAUACAGGGUCCAGCAGGAGGCAGACUAACAGGGGAAGGGCCCUGGGUACCUAGGUUGGACAGAAGGGCAAAUGUUUCCUGCUUGUCUGACAGCCCAGGUUUCCCUGACUUGUUCCUGUUACUUCUGUGUACUCCAUCCCCAAAAGGCUCAACCUCUAAGCUCCAGACUCGACUUCUUAGUGAUUCAGUACCCCCACUCCAUUUCCAAGUGCCCCCAGGACUCCUGGGCCCUGCUCUCCAGAACCCUGUUCCCCAGACCCCAGCCCUAGGCUAAGGGGGGGACCAGAAAAGGUCAUCAUGUACUACACACCAAAGAAGGGGGUCGGCCCAGGGGUGGGCUACAUAGGCAGCACCUCUUGGCAGCAGCCCCAGCCUUCCCAAAGCAGCAGGCGCCCCCAGGCUGGGGGCCCAGCCUAGAAGGCAAGGGUCAAUUUAACAAAAAACAUCGACUUUUUUCCCUGGUGGGGCUUAUUCUGUAACAUGACUUGCAGAUAUUUAUAUAAAAAUGAGUGUUACAAUGAG